AAGUAACCGGCAGGAGCUUUGGUGACAAAGAUUUUCGGACAGGGUUAGAAAACGGAAUCCUUCUCUGCGAGUUGCUGAAUGCUAUAAAGCCAGGACUUGUUAAAAAGAUCAAUAGAUUGCCUACCCCCAUUGCAGGCCUGGACAAUAUCAUCUUAUUCUUGAGAGGUUGUAAAGAGCUCGGCCUUAAAGAAUCUCAACUUUUUGACCCUAGUGACCUACAGGAUACAUCCAACAGAGUAACAGUCAAGAGCCUUGAUUAUAGUAGGAAGCUGAAAAAUGUGUUAGUUACCAUUUACUGGCUGGGAAAGGCAGCAAAUAGCUGUGCAUCCUACAGUGGAACGACGCUGAACUUGAAGGAGUUCGAAGGCUUGCUGGCUCAGAUGCGAAAGGAGACUGAUGACAUUGAGAGUCCUAAGAGGAGUAUCCGAGACAGUGGUUACAUCGACUGCUGGGAUUCCGAGCGUAGUGACUCCCUGUCUCCCCCUCGACACGGCCGCGAUGAUUCCUUCGACAGCCUGGACUCCUUUGGCUCCCGCUCCCGGCAGACACCGUCGCCAGAUGUAGUCCUCAGGGGAAGCAGCGAUGGGAGAGGAAGUGACUCAGAAUCUGACCUGCCGCAUCGGAAGCUGCCGGACGUGAAGAAGGAUGACAUGUCUGCCAGGCGGACUUCUCACGGUGAGCCGAAAUCAGCAGUGCCUUUUAACCAGUACCUCCCGAACAAAAGCAACCAGACGGCCUAUGUCCCCGCUCCUCUGAGAAAGAAGAGAGCAGAGCGAGAGGAGUAUCGGGAGAGCUGGAGCACCGCCACCUCCCCGCUGGGUGGGGAGAGGCCCUUCAGCUACCACGAAACAAUAGAGGAAGAGGGAAGUGAAGUGGGGUCUCCCUGGGAAGAGGACCCCACUGGCCAAAUGGACCCUGAUGGGAAGCCUUCAGAUGGUGGUUUAGAAUUACCCACUGGCCGUCAUAAGGAGCCGCGUCCUCCAGGGGAGUCUGAAGAAAAAGAUGCUGCUGAAAUCCAAAAGCGCAGGAGGCUAGAGCAAGCUGGGAUCAAGGUCUUGCCAGCAGCACAGCGCUUCGCCAGUCAAAAGCAAUUAAACGAUGAGAAAGAAGUGAUUCGUGAUAUUAUCCUUCGGGAAGAAAACUCUAUCCUGACCCACCGACGUGGCAAAGUUUUAGAGUCAAAAGAUGAAAUUGCAUGUCGACUGCCUGACCUUGAGAAAGAUGACUUCGCUGCGAGAAGAGCCAGGAUGAACCAGACCAAGCCAGUGGUGCCACUGAACCAGCUCCUCUAUGGGCCUUACCGGAGAAAAGAGGCAGAGAAAUCAGAUAGCAGCAAACAGCUCUCAAAGGGAAUCUCAGAAAAGAAAAGUCUAGAACAUAAAAGAAACCAGGGUCAGACAGAAGCGCUGACGUCGGUAGUGACCUGUGCUAUGCGGGCUCAGGGGAGUGAACCUGCGGAAGAGGGACUCAGGAAAGUGCCGGAUAUUUACAAGGACGACCUGGCCCAGCGGAGAAUUCAGGGCAGGCUGGCCCCUCACCGCGAGGCCCCGAGCUUUGUCAGUGUCUCCAGUAUAACAGAAGCCGACUGGGAGACGUGGGAGAGACUGAAAGUGUCAGGCAAGACGAGGGAUGACGAUGUUGAGCACAUCUGUGCCCCUGAGCCUUCACCAGAAAUCACAGCAGAAACCGCCAUCCGGGACGACUUUGCCAGCCGCAAAGCAAGGGCCUAUAAGAAAGCUUCCGGCCCCAAGCAAAAGUUUGUGCACUUUGGACCCGUGACAGAGAUAGAUCAGCAGAAAUGGAAGCGGCUCAGCAUUGGCAAGGCCGGGCCUAGGGCGGAGGUAGAAGAAGUCAUCAGUCACAGCCGCCAGGGUCAAACGGGCUCUGAGCCCCCAGCCUCAGCGGCCACGCCCAGCCCAGAGGAGGACCAAAUGCUCAAUCCACAAAACGACUGCAGCAGAAUAGUGAAUUCUGGCAUAGAUGACUAUUGCAGAGGGGCCUCGCAGCUGGCUCCCGUGCUGGAGUCCCAGGAGGAGCAUGUCAGCAGUUUGGGCGCGUGCCCAACGAGGACAGAGGAAGUUACAUCCAAACAGCUGCCACAGGAUGGCAAAGAAGAGAGAGGAGUUGCUCAAAGAGGUUCUGAGAUGCCGCCAAAGGCUGAGAGAUGCGAAGAGAGCGGCCAGCCACUUUCGUGUCCUCUGGCCUCUGAACGUAAGGCUUCGGGGAGAGAAGAGAGCUCAGAGAAGAUGACAGCUCCUGCCUGGAGUGGCAGUGGACUGAAAAAACAAAGAAAGCUGCAUGAUUCCCAGAAAGAUGACAUGAUGGCCAGGAGAACUGGGAUGUCUCUUAGACACAGUGGCUCCAACCCAAACCAGUUCCUUCCGGUUCCAUUUGCAAAGCAGCAGGAAGUGGAGGAAUCUGCCAAGGGCCCACCCACGAAAGAUAAGAGAUACGGUCCGAGAACUCCUGUGUCUGAUGACGCAGAGAGCACGAGUAUGUUUGACAUGCGGUGUGAGGAGGAGGCUGCAGUGCAGCCGCACAGCAGGGCCCGCCAGGAGCAGCUGCAGCUGAUCAACAGCCAGCUGCGGGAAGAGGACGACAAAUGGCAAGAUGACCUGGCUCGGUGGAAGAGCCGUAGAAGAAGUGCUUCUCAGGACUUAAUCAAGAAAGAGGAAGAAAGGAAAAAAAUGGAGAAAUUAAUGGCUGGAGAGGAUGGGACAAGUGAACGGAGGAAAAGCAUCAAAACCUACAGAGAAAUUGUUCAAGAAAAAGAGCGGAGAGAGAGGGAGCUGCAUGAGGCGUAUAAGAACGCGCGGUCCCAGGAGGAGGCGGAGGGGAUCCUGCAGCAGUACAUCGAGAGGUUCACCAUCAGCGAGGCUGUCCUGGAACGCUUGGAGAUGCCAAAAAUCCUGGAGAGAAGCCAUUCAACGGAGCCAAACUUCUCCCCCUUCCUGAACGAUCCCAACCCCAUGAAAUACCUGCGGCAGCAGUCACUGCCUCCCCCCAAAUUCACUGCCACUGUGGAAACCACCAUCGCUCGUACCAGCAUUCUGGAUGCCAGCAUGUCAGCAGGCAGCGGGUCUCCAAGCAAAACUGUUGCUCCCAAAGCAGUGCCUAUGCUGACACCCAAGCCUUACUCCCAGCCCAAGAGCUCUCAAGAGGUUCUGAAGACCUUUAAGGUAGAUGGGAAAGUCAGCAUGAAUGGAGAAACAGUUCACCGUGAUGAGAUGGAGAAGGAAAACGAGUGUCCCACGGACACACUCGUCCCCUCAUUAACCAAAUCCCAGAUGUUCGAAGGUGUGGCCAGAGUGCACGGGUGCCCAGUGGAGCUGAAACAAGGCAGCAAUAGCAUUGAGAUCAACAUACAGAAGCCAAAUUCUGUUCCCCAAGAUCUGACGGCAACCACUGAGGAAAUGGAACCCAACAGCCAAGAAGAUGAGAAAGAUGGUGAAAACCUAAAAGAAGGGAAUACAGAACUUGCCUCAUCAGAGCCACAGCAUUUUACAACUACUGUGACUCGCUGCAGCCCGACCGCGGCCUCGGUGGAAUUUUCCUCCAGCCCCAAGCUGAGGAGCGAUGUGCCAGAAGAGAGAGACCAGAAGAAACCGGAAAAUGAAAUGAGUGGGAAGGUGGAGUUGGUGCUGUCACAAAAGGUGGUAAAGCCAAAGUCUCCAGAACCAGAAGCAACCCUGACGUUUCCAUUUCUGGACAAAAUGCCUGAAACCAACCAGUUACAUUUGCCAAAUCUCAAUUCUCAAGAGUCGCCUGGCACUGCCAGCCUUCCGCUUAGAGUUCAGAACUCUUGGCGACGUUCCCAGUUUUUCUCCCAGUCAGGGGAUCCUCCCAGCAGUGAAAAGUCACCUGCAACUACACCUCAGUUCAAGUUCUGGGCAUGGGACCCGGAAGAGGAGCGCAGGCGACAAGAGAAAUGGCAGCAGGAGCAGGAACGGCUGCUCCAGGAGAGAUACCAGAAAGAGCAGGACAAGCUGAAAGAAGAGUGGGAAAAGGCCCAAAAGGAGGUGGAAGAGGAAGAACGCAGAUACUAUGAGGAGGAGCGCAAAAUAAUUGAAGACACUGUGGUUCCAUUUACUAUUUCUUCAAGUUCCGCAGACCAGCUGUCGACAUCCUCCUCUGUAACUGAAGGCAGUGGAACAGUGAAUAAGAUGGAUCUGGAAAACUGUCAUGAAGAAGAACAAGAGACAAGACAGAAGAAACCAUUCCAGGGGGGCAACAAUGGCUUGUUGCCUGAGACUAGAGAAAGUGGUCCCCUGGAGGAGAAGGGCAGACUUAUUCAAGGGGCCUUGACUGAUUCUGAGAACCCUGUAUCAAAAGGAACCCAUCAGAAUGAUCAGCUGGAUACAGAAGCUGGGGCCCCACACUGUGGGGUGAACCCGCAGCUAGCUCAGGGUCCAUCCCAGAAUCAGCAGGUAUCAAACCCGCCAGUGAACACUUUAGAAGAUGUGAAGCCAAAAACCCUCCCAUUGGAUAACAGCAUUAACCAUCAGAUUGAGUCACCGAGUGAAAGGCGGAAGAAGAGCCCUCGAGAGCACUUCCAGGCGGGACACUUGUCCCCCUGUCCUCCCACCCCUCCUGGCCAGUCACCAAACCGGUACAAGAGGUCUAUAAGUGGGAAGAAGCUGUGCUCGUCCUGUGGGCUUCCUUUGGGAAAAGGAGCUGCGAUGAUCAUCGAGACCCUCAACCUCUAUUUUCACAUCCAGUGCUUCCGGUGUGGAAUUUGCAAAGGACAACUUGGAGAUGCAAUGAGUGGGACGGAUGUGAGGAUUCGAAAUGGUCUCCUAAACUGUAAUGAUUGCUACAUGAGAUCCAGAAGUGCUGGCCAACCCACAACAUUGUGACAUGGCUUUCAAGACCCCAGAUCACUCACCACCUCUCUCUUGAGAGUCUCCCCUGGCAAUUGUUUAACAGAAUCCCAUGUUCAGGGGAUUCUCAGCAUUCAUCUAAUUUCUGAAAGGCUACUCUAAAAGGUGGUAUCUGUUCUUUCAUAGCACAGUGUUUGUGUUUUUCCUGUUUGUUGUUUCUCUCUUUUUUUUUUUUGCAUUUGCACAAUAUAUACAAAAGAAUAUUGAACUAUAAUGAUUCUGACUAGUUAAAAGAAGGUCUUAGCAUGGUCGAACAGGCUUACGGUUUAAAACGUGUUAUUCUCUUCUUUGGGGAGUUGAUGAGAUAGAUGAUUCAAUAAACCUGUUUUGUUUUAGUAUUUCUAGGAAUUAAAUACUUUGUGUUUACAAAAUUGAGCUGCAGAAAGUGCAAGACAUGCCAAUUUGAGACACGGGGUCUUUUAAGACAGGAGCUUACAAGUAAUGCAUUUCAGAUACUAAAAACCACAUCAUAUAGCUCUGAGCUAUAACUUGUUUUUAAUGCAAUGACACUAGUCUGAUAAUAUAUACUGUAAUCCUGAAACACUUGUGUUACUUACCUUUUGAGGCAGAAGUCAUACCAAUAAAUUAUUGCACCGUUAGUAUUAGGUUUAGUGUGCUUUGAAGGUUAUGUCAUUGAUAGAGCCUGGGCCAUCAAAUAAAGAGAACCCUUGCACUAUCAGCUAGACUUACACUCCGGACAUUGCCCAAGGGUAGGGGAACCCAGAGGAAAACAUUUUGGUCAUCAUUUCCCAAGUCCUUUCCAAAAUAUGUGAGGAAGUUUGAUCUUCAAAAGAGUGGUGGGCCCAUGCCAGCCACCAGGGCUUUGUUGCUUGCUCCUCUUCAGACUCUACAUUCAAUAAAAGACUCAGCAUAAGGCAUCCGGAAACCCUCAUCGAGGUCGGUCCUUCAUUAAGUGAAACCACUGCUCACCCUUGCCUGCAAGGUCUCCUUGAAGGCACAGGUGUCUGAAGAACAGCAUUAAGUUCAUCCUAAUAGAAUCCAAAUGGCACGUGAUGGGAUAAGCCACUGGUGUGUCAUCAGCAAGAACCUGCAGGGUCCAUGUGCGCUGCCCACCCUAAUGGACAUCUGCUCUUCCUCAUUCUCCUACAUCACCGGCUCUCUCUGCUCUCAAGAAUUCUGAACCUUGCUCAUGGAGACCUUCAGAGAGGAACUCUUGUGGAGAGCUGCUUACUUGUUAAGCCCUGUGUGGUGUUUCAGCGGGCCAAGAGGGGAAUCGAGUGACUAAAAAGCAUCACGUUUUAAAUCUCCAGGCUGUUUUCUUUAAGACUGGGGAAAGGGGGACUAUUUAUUCUGCCUUGAAACGAUGGUAAAUAAGCGAAGAGGACCUUUUGUGAAUGUAGACUGUGGGUGUCUGCCUAAUAGAUUCAUGUAGUCAUUAAAGGAGACCAAGUAGAUGUUCUUCUGUUACGUAAGCAAUAAUUUUUUUCUGUCUUAUUGAGUAUGGCUAGCAAUUAUUUAUUUACAUGCUAGAUGGUUCUCUGCAUGUGGGUUCCAUAUAAGUGCAGAAAUUCCCUCAGCCACUGGAGGUAUUUUGACCAUUUUGUCAUUUGGAUGAGCUGCAGUUGGAUUGAAACUCACACAUCACUUCAUUAAAAAUUGUGCCUUAGAAAAUGCAAAGCUGUUGCACACAGUAUGAAUUAUGGAUGCAGUACAUUGAAGAGAGAUGAAGUCACUUCCAAGUUCCCAAGACUUCUCCUGGAGGUGUUUGCUGUUUUACAGGGAAAAAAUAAAUAAAAUUUAAAAAAAGAAAAAUGGAAAACAUUAACAUGAAAAAAGUUUUGAAAAUGUACAGAUUAAGUUCAAUAUUUUGAUUAACCACCUGCAUGUUUUAUUAAAUAUUUUGAUAAUGUGAUGUUUACACUUUGCAUGAUAUUAGCAGAGUACUUUACCAGAAACAAUGCACAAAAACAUGUACAAUACGAUCAUUCACAGACGAUUUUUAUAGGAGACUUUUUACAUGUGGAACUCCAUCCGUUAUGUAGGGAUUAUAUGAAUAUUGCACAUUCUCUUCUGGUUUCACAGACCCAUUUAUACACAUUUCUUAGUGAGACUCAUUGUACAUGUAUUGAAGCUAGAAUCGAGUCAAGAAAAAUAAAGCCCAUUCUCUGACUGCGAGAUGUGCUUUCCCAUAAUGAACAAUAGUCACCAGCACAGAAUAAUCUCCAACAUUUUCUAAAUUCUAAUUGCCAACUGUUUCUAUUUAUAUUUGAUUUAUAUUUCAUUUGGAGUCUGUUACAUGGCAGCUCGGGCAGACUAGAUCUUGUUUUUUCCAAGACAGCAUAAUGAGUAUGAUCUAUUUCUUUUCAAAUAAUCUUUGAGAUCCCAGGGAAAAAAAAAUGCUCUGCUCUGUGGAGCUACUAUGUAAAUGUGUUUGCUUAAAAAAAAUAAAAAGAUGAUGCAAGUGAGUGAUUUAUUGUUCCCAAGGAAGUACGUCUGACUUUUUUUCUCAUACUCCAAAAGCCAGUCCCUUCUCUUAAGAAAAAAUGGGUAACUGUCAUUCACUAGCAAACUUUCAUGCCAUUUCCUCAUUCUUUCUAUGUAGUGGUAUUAAUGCAAUACAUAUUCUAGUUAUCUAUACACAGUGUAAGACUUAACGAACUGAAAUGAUCCACCUCAUGUGUGAGUCCGUCCAAAAGAUGUUACUGUUCUGGGUGGGCCAAUGUUCUGUAUCAGUUACACUAACCUUCAUUUAAAAUAUUUAUUCUAAAAUGCCUCUAAGAAAUAGUAGAAAACAAAUAAAAAGUUGUCUAAAAUGCAACAGCUUUUAUAGUAAAUGUACAUUUAUAAAUAAAAUACUCAAAUCAGCUUUGUAUUC